CUCUCCCCUCCCCACACACAAAUCCCCCCCGGACCCUGUUCGAUUCCCCCAGCAUCGUGGUGGUGCUAAGAAGGAAGCGGUUGUAUCCUCCCGGAGAUAACCAUGUUUCCCCAGGGGCGGCACCCGACGCCCCACCAGGCUCCAGGCCAGCCCUUCAAGUUCACCAUCCCAGAGUCACUGGACCGCAUCAAGGAGGAGUUCCAGUUCCUUCAGGCACAGUACCACAGUCUCAAGCUGGAGUGUGAGAAGCUGGCCAGUGAGAAGACGGAGAUGCAGAGACAUUAUGUCAUGUACUAUGAGAUGUCCUAUGGCCUCAACAUCGAAAUGCACAAACAGACUGAGAUUGCCAAGAGACUAAACACCAUCUGUGCACAAGUCAUUCCCUUCCUCUCACAGGAGCAUCAGCAGCAGGUCGUCCAGGCUGUAGAGCGAGCAAAACAGGUGACUAUGGCAGAGCUCAAUGCUGUCAUCGGGGUACGUGGACUGCCAGGUCUUCCACCUACACAGCAUCUAUCUCAUAACCAUGGUGGCGCCCCUGUGCCCAUGGCCCCUCACCCGGCCGGCCUCCACCCCUCUCAGCUGGGUGGCUCGGCUGGCCUCCUGGCUCUGUCAGGAGCACUUGGUGGUCUUCCUCCACAUCUGGCUGGAAAAGACAAUGAUAAAAAGCCUCACCUGGCCGGACCAGAUUCCCACCCCGGAGGACCCGAGCACAUGAGAGAGAGAGAGCCUGGAACUAGUAACUCGCUGCUGCCAGAAAGUCUCCGGAACUCAGAUAAGCGACGCAACGGACCCGAUUUUUCAAACGACACCAAGAAACGCAAGGUGGAAGACAAGGACUCCAGCCACUAUGAUAGCGAUGGUGACAAAAGUGAUGAUAACUUAGUGGUGGAUGUUUCAAAUGAGGAUCCAGCCUCCCCCCGUGGCACUCCUCUCCCCUCACCCCGAGAGAACGGCGUGGAUAAAGCACGUCUUCUCAAGAAAGACCCCUGUAGUCCGGCCUCUUCUGCUUCCUCAGCAAGCUCCUCCUCCCUCAAGUCCAAAGAGAUGGCAAUGCGAGAUAAAGCAGGCACACCUGGGCUAAAGUCGAGCACACCCACGCCCAGAAGUGACUCCACUCCUGGUCCGAGCACCACACCCGGAAUCAGGCCCAGUCUGUCCAAACCCCCCUCCAUGGAGAUACCACAUCCACCUCCUUCAGGUUUGCGGACGCCCCUCGCUGUACCAGGCCCAUACCCGGGUGCUUUCGGUAUGUUGCCCCAUGCAGCAGGGAUGAAUGGGGACCUGGCAGGGGCUGCGGCCUAUGCUGCCGGCCUGCACAACAUGUCACCUCAGAUGAGCGCUGCCGCCGCCGCCGCUGUGGCUGCAUAUGGCCGUUCACCCAUGGUCGGGUUUGAUCCUCAUUCUCACAUGAGAAUCCCUCCCAGUCUGACCGGAAUCCCUGGCGGCAAACCUGCCUACUCUUUUCACGUGGCCGCUGAUGGACAGAUGCAGCCAGUGCCGUUCCCCCCGGAUGCUUUGGUCGGCCAGGGCAUCCCUCGCCACGCCCGUCAAAUCAACACACUGAACCACGGAGAGGUGGUGUGCGCUGUCACCAUCAGUAAUCCCACAAGACACGUUUACACAGGAGGGAAGGGUUGUGUCAAGGUCUGGGACAUUAGUCACCCAGGGAACAAGAGCCCUGUGUCACAGCUCGACUGUCUGAACCGAGACAACUACAUCCGCUCCUGUCGCCUGCUCCCCGAUGGGCGAACGCUGAUAGUGGGUGGUGAGGCGAGCACUUUGUCAAUCUGGGAUCUGGCCACACCCACUCCCAGGAUCAAGGCAGAGUUAACGUCAUCAGCACCGGCCUGCUACGCUCUGGCCAUCAGCCCGGACUCUAAGGUCUGCUUCUCCUGCUGCAGUGAUGGCAACAUCGCAGUCUGGGAUUUACACAAUCAGACACUUGUUAGGCAGUUCCAGGGCCACACAGAUGGAGCCAGCUGUAUUGACAUCUCCAAUGAUGGCACCAAGCUGUGGACCGGAGGCCUCGAUAACACGGUUCGCUCCUGGGAUCUGAGAGAGGGGCGGCAGCUGCAGCAGCACGACUUCACAUCACAGAUCUUCUCUCUCGGCUACUGUCCGACGGGAGAGUGGCUCGCUGUUGGAAUGGAGAGCAGCAACGUCGAGGUCCUUCAUGUCACCAAACCUGACAAAUACCAGCUUCAUCUACACGAGAGCUGUGUGCUGUCUCUGCAGUUUGCCUACUGUGGUAAAUGGUUUGUGAGCACAGGGAAGGAUAACUUACUGAAUGCAUGGAGAACACCCUAUGGAGCCAGCAUAUUCCAGUCUAAAGAAUCCUCCUCGGUGCUGAGCUGUGACAUAUCUGUGGACGACAAGUACAUUGUCACCGGUUCAGGGGACAAGAAGGCCACUGUUUACGAGGUCAUCUACUAAAAAUCUGAAAGGAAAUCGAUGACAUCUGCUCAUUUCCCACACGAACUGAUUUGUUUCUAGAAAUGUUCACAUGGAGCCAGAAAUCGAAGACGACGGUGAUGAUCACGUUCCGUUUUUUUCUGUUACAUCUGCCGAAGACACAAGGAGAGGAGAGAACACGCACACGUGUGUGUGCCAGUAAACAUGACUCUAAAUCAGCUGGGAGCUUUACACUGGAGAAGAUUGAUGUUAAUGGAUAGAGAGGAACUGUUUGGAUGUUCUUGCCUCUGCUGCUUUAUGCUGUGGACUGCACUGGGAUCAGAUACAAGGACCAAGAGAUGAGUGGACUGAAGUGCAUCGGUUGGACUGGGACCAGCUCUUCUGGAAAAUACUGUACUGAACAUCAGAUACUAAGACACUAGAUUCAGUGUGACGACCAGGGGCGGAGACCCCGGAAGAAAAACUCUAGCGGGUUGAAUAUUUGAACAAACGGCAGAAAGACGGAGCAGGAUGUGGACAUAAGUCUUGAGAGACAAGAGAGGAGAAGCAACAGCAGAAUAACAUUUUAUAGACGGAGAAUGCAGAACAUGUUUUUGUCUGUUCUUGACAGAUAUCAUUCAGAACCUGUUUGUCUCUCAGCUUUGACUCUUUGCCCUUAAAAACGUCAGCUCGCUGUUCUGAAACGCCUACACUGUCUGAAGAGUACCUUUUUUUUUUUUCCAGUCUUAACACUAAGUCCAAACCUCACUAACUGCACUGUAGCUGUAACUGUCCACCCACACACUCUGUACGAACUGUACUUAGGAAAUACUCCGACAGAACCUAAACAUACGGAGGGCCUUGUUGACUUGUCCAUCAUCAUCACGCUACUUCAUACAUCAGGGACUGUACAUCCUUCUAAUGCAAUCCAGGACAAUUUAAGAUCCUUUUUAACACAGAAUAAAUAUUUACCAAACCAAAAAAAUCUUAUAAAGCAGGACAAAAUACUGUAAAUGUUGUUCUGGAAAAGCCAACUUGUUUUCCUCUUUAUUUUCUCGUCCUUUCUUUAUGAUUCUAAUUAAAAAGCCACUUAGUGAAAAGUUUCAGAAAUUAAAUUUGUCCUCAAAAUCUCAAUGUGUUCUGUUUCAACACAUGGUAAUAACUAUUCUCUACUUGUGUUUUCAUUCAUCCGAAGGCAAAUCCUGACACUGUGGUUUGGUGGUUAGCACUGUCACAGCAAGAAAGACCAACAUGAGCCUUCGUAUGUUUGUUUUAAUGGCUUGGCCCCUCCUUCUUGUUGUUGAACAGCUCUUUCAUCAACUAAUCAAUCAAUAUUUCGGAGGCUCAGUAUAGAUUAUUGAUGGGCUGGAGAUUGCUUCAGAUUUACACAUUGAUUUUCUUUGUUGCAGUGUAAACACAACCCUGCUGUUCAUUUUAGUGCAGCUUAAUUUGCCUCUGCUCUCUUUUACAAUAAGUUCACUGGUUGAUGACAUGAUAAUUAGGAUGGUGAUCUCAAAUAGACGAUUUCCCCACUAUAUUUAAGAUUUAAAAACAACCCUUUAGAAAAUGUCUUACUGUUGUAAAUUCACCCUGACCCUGCCUUUGUCACUCUAUGAAACACGUGAUGUCUUACUGUGUGGAAGGUUAAUCAUGCUAUGUGAACCGGGACCAACUCAAUGUGAUUUCAUCUCGUUUAGUGGAAAUCUUGUGUGAAGAAGUAAAGAAUCCUCUGGUAUACGCAUUAUUGAAACUGGCUAAAUUGUAUUAAAGAGUAAAAUGUUUUUUUCUCUCUCCAGAGAAGUUUGUGGGAUUUGCAAACAGGAUUAAAUAAAUUUGUCAGGAUCAUUCAAUCGAAGAGGGUUGCACAGGAGCAGUUGUAUUUCAGCUUCAGGAAGGAACCAAUCUCAGCCAUUUUAAUCUCAUUAUUUCAUGAUUUUUUUUCUAUUUCUGUCUGUUGAAUGUUUGUAAAAAUGUAUAUACGGUUUUUUUGCCUACAGGACAUGCUUUAGGAAUAACAAUCUUUUUUUGUACGUCUUUUACAUGGAGAAGAAACGUCUAAUCAGGAGAAAUACUAAACGGUCUUAAUGCUAGCUAAUCUAUAAUGAUUGAAAUGUCUAGACAAUAAAUGUUUUUUUUGUAACUGGA